GCCACUAAACCCCACGUUUAUUCGGAACAUGUUAUAUAUUUAAAUCUAUAGAGAGGAAAUGGAAAUGGAAUUAAGUACAUCCUUUCCAUACCGCAUAUCUGUGUCGCUACAUGUAAAAGUGGUGUGAACGAGCCCAAGCGACAAAUAAAGACGAUGGAUUUCGACGUAGAGAAGAACGACUACAGCGUGCCCGAGUUCUACGAGCGAUUUGGCAAGGAGCUGCCUCAAGUGAUCAUGAUAAGUCAAGGAUUCUUUGGAGACAUCGUAGAAGACACGUUCGAUAGAGAAAGUAUUAUUCGCAUCCAGACGUUAUCUAAGCAACCUCGCGUGGUCGCCAGGGUCGACACGGGAGAUCGCUCUAAACUGAUCAGCAUCCCGCUUACAUACUCUGAAAAAGUCUGUGUCGUCAAAAAACACAAAUGUAUGUUCUGGAGGGCGUUAAAUAAAUCGGGUUUCCGUUAA